UCGACACUCGGCUCAGCUGGUGCGGUCCGUGUUCGUGUCUUUUGCUUGCGCAUAUUUUUUCGGUAAAUUAUCGAUCGUGUGGUGUGUCGUCUUUUGUAAAAACUUGGGAGUUGUGGACAGACGAGAGGAAGGUCCAAGAGAGUCACUGAUUUCUGCUCUGACUCCACAUAGUAGAAAGUGGUGAGCGCAGAGAUCAUCGAUCAUCGUCAUCGUCAAAAACCAAAAGGACACUCUGCAAUUGCAUGCCGCGGUAGCAGCUCUCUCGGUUGAACCAGGAGACAGCAGGGUCGUGCAGUAUUGCCGUGAUUUUUUGUCCCCCAGUGUUGCUUUCACCCCCCGAGUCUGACUGCUCGUCCUGGUACUCGGAUUUCAUUGUUACCAUGUCGAAGCUGAAUAAGCUGAAUCUGACCUUGCCACCAGGCUCCAUAGAGCCCGCACCUCCAGUCUCGCCCUCGCCACCUGUACCGCCGUUGCCUACCUAUUCGGAGCCACCGGUUAUACCAGAUGGAGUCAUGGGAAAAAUUAGCAUUGACGCUAUUCAAGAGAGAUUUGAAGAAUUGGAAAUGGAUGAGGAACAAAGGAAAAGACUGGCAAGCUUUUUAGGAGAAAAGGAAAAAGUGGGCGAGUUGUGCGAUGAAGAUUUUGAAAAACUUGGUGAAUUGGGUGCAGGAAAUGGUGGUGUUGUCAUGAAAGUGAGGCAUAAAAAAUAUGGACUCAUUAUGGCAAGAAAGUUAAUUCACUUAGAAGUCAAACCUGCUAUUAAGAAACAAAUAAUCAGAGAACUAAAAGUUCUUCACGAGUGUAACUUUGCCCACAUUGUCGGUUUCUAUGGUGCUUUUCAUAGUGAUGGAGAAAUCAGUAUAUGUAUGGAAUACAUGGAUGGUGGAUCACUAGAUCUUAUACUAAAAAAAGCUGGAAAGAUACCAGAGCCUAUCUUAGGGACCAUUACUUCUGCGGUUUUGAAAGGCUUGAGUUACUUGAGAGAUAAGCACGCGAUCAUGCAUCGCGAUGUCAAACCAAGUAACAUCCUCGUUAAUAGUGCCGGUGAAAUAAAAAUCUGCGAUUUCGGGGUCUCUGGCCAACUGAUCGACUCGAUGGCAAAUUCCUUUGUUGGCACGAGGAGUUACAUGUCGCCGGAGAGACUUCAGGGGACACACUACUCGGUACAGAGCGACAUUUGGUCGUUGGGCUUGUCGCUCGUCGAAAUGGCCAUUGGCAUGUACCCGAUACCACCGCCCAAUGACAAAACGAUAGCAGCGAUAUUUGGAAAACAUCCCGGCUCUGCUCUGGAUGGAGUUCUCGCUGCCAACGUCACCUCCACCCCUACAACUCAGUCUCCCUCGCACAGUGAGUUAUUCGCGCUCAAUAUUUUAUUUUAUUUUUAUUUAUUUAUUUUUUUCUUAUUACUAUUAAAAUCGCUUUUUCUUUACCGCCCAGAUCCCGGCAGUCCGAGACCCAUGGCGAUAUUUGAAUUGCUCGAUUACAUAGUGAACGAGCCACCCCCAACACUGCCACCCGGAAUUUUCAGCAACGCGUUCACGGACUUUGUCAAUCGUUGCUUGAAGAAGAACCCGGCCGAAAGAGCGGAUCUCAAAACACUCAUGAAUCAUGAAUGGAUCAAGAAGGCCGAAUCAGAAAACGUCGAUAUUGCCGGGUGGGUGUGUCGAACGAUGGAUAUACAGCCUACAACUCCAACACGCUUAGCGAACGUACAAUCCUGAAUAAAUGUCACUCUUACAUACUUGACCACUUGCAUUCACGUUCAGUACUCUUGAGUCAUAUUUGCGUUUCGUCUUUAGUUCUCACGUGUGUACACCAGUGGCGAUUUAAAAAAUUUUUUUUAUUCCUUUUAUUUUGGCGUUUGAUCUUUUUGCUAUCAUUUUCAAGUAUGAAUUUGAGAAAAAUCUAUUUAAUGAAUAAGCCAUGAGAUAGAUAGUUAUAGAAUAACAUUAAAUGGUUGUAAUCGAAUUGCAAAGCUUCUUAGAAUACAUCUAUUUUGUGAUGAUAUCACUACUAGCAUUCAAAGUGAAAAGUAAAAAACAUGUCUUAUCGGUUUUAAAUGUACAUAUAUCUAGUAGCUUACGAAAUAUUUUACCUAUUGGAUAAGACAAUUGAUGUAUGAUAUAUACACGUGUGUUGUAAAAAAAAAAAAAAAAAAAAACGUCUAACAUCUACUUGAAUAUUUUCGUUUCGCUCGCCACUGAGUUUAAUUACUUAGAAAAAUUUUCGUCUGCAUUCAAUUUAUAUAUUUUUAUUUUAAAGUAUGUAAGAUGAAUCAUGCUAGAUUAUUAUAAGAUUAAUUAUGAGCCAUUAAUAAAGUUUCUUCCUUGGAAAUAUGAUGGGAUGAGAUGGCAAAACAAUGAAUUAAUGCAACAUUAGGAAUAAUGGAAAACCAAAAGAGUUUAACGAAAGCAACAUUAAAUGUACAGCGGAUAAAAUGAGUGUUGAUUUGAAACGCAAUUUGUACCUGAAUGCUGUAUAGUGUAAGCUUCGUACCUUCGAGAUAAAAAUUAAUUGAAAAAAUUUACAGCACUAUUUAAAAAUGUUUUUCCUUUGAAGAUUGUACCCUUAAAUUACGACAAUGCUGAAGUUUCUUGUUCCAAUAUGUAUAACUUUAUAAGCGCACGACAAAGGACUGAACUGAUGACUUGGGUGCGUAGGUAUAUACUAUUUAUAAAUACUGUAUUUAGGAAAGUUGUACCUAUCUAUAAUGUGUAGCAUGUUCGAUAAAUUUCUGCCAUAUAUACUUAACUAUACAAAGAUUGAAAAAAUUUAUAAAAGACAAUUAAGAUUCGAAAGUCUUUGUGUAAAUCAAUGGGCUUACUUUUCAUUCUUUUGUACAAAACAUGUAUACGUAUUGUAAAAAAAAAAUAGUUUCCAAUUGUAUCGAUUUCUCAUGUGAAUCUACAAAUUUCUUGAAUUAUGAAUUCAUUGAAAACUAUGGAUGUUUGUAACUUAUAUAUUAUUGUUAUUUAUAAAUUCGUGCAAUUUUCAGUGUAGUAAACAUCUACUUGAGAAAAAUCACUUUGUCAUAAAUUCAGUAUCAGUUGCAAAGAAAAACAAAAAGAAAUGGUUAAAACCAAAAAAUUUUAACUAGGCAUCCUAAUUCUAAGAAUGGUAAGCUUAUUAUACGUUACAAAUUAGCAAAGAGUAAGACUCUUAUAGGAUUUAACUGCUCCACCAUGUAAAAGUAUUUAUGAUGACGAAUUAUCUGGUGUCAUAUAAUUGUUCAUGUAUGUGUAAAACCAUCAAAGUAUGUAACUAAUAGUCAGCUGCAAGUUGACUCCUACAGUAUGUUAGUGAAAGCUAUUGCUGAAAUAACUAUAAAUAAAAAAAGUGGUCGUACAUAAUUAGACACUAGCUCAAACACGAAAAUUAUGUUUUGCAUUUGUUGGUAGUAUAUGCAGUUUUAAUUGUAUACUAAUCAGCACAUCAUACGUAUAUGGUGAUAAAGUUUUUUGAAAAAUUUACUAAAAGAAAAGUAUUUAUGCUUAUUGUUACUGUUAUUUCUUACACUGUCAUUACUGUUUUAAUUGGCUUGUAUUUGAAAAACAAAAUA